UUGCUGUGCAGCCAGCCGCACACAAAUGCCACUCUGCGGGCGUUUAAACAAAGAUUAGUGGGUUGUAGCUACGUCCCAAACCACGGGAUUUGUAUAAAAGCAAGUUCAGCUUUGCCGGUAGAUUUUCUUUAGCCUACCCGGGCUUCGCAGGUCAAGCUGCCCGUUGUGAUUUUGCUGGCGAAAAAGUUUUAAAAGAAAUCGGAAAGUUUUAUGAAUAACGUGAUUGCCAGACCUGAAUGGCUAUCCAGUAUUAGAAGAUGUGUGGUAAAGCUGGGACAGUGGAGGGGUGUAACUCAGCAUCGUGACAUGGCUAUAAAUUCUGCUGUAGAGGUUACAAAGUCAAAGUGUUUAUCCUUAAAUACCCGUGCAUUACUCGUGGUAAUGCACACUUGCACUUGGCUGCUCUGGACUUGUAAUCUUGGGUUAGUUGUUAAUUUGCGGUCAGAAAGUUGCAACAUGUGCAAAGUUGCCUUCCAGAAGGGUUUGGAUUUGGUUUUGGUUUGUUGGUUUUUGGUUUUUUUUGCCCCUUGAAAGGUCUGGAAACCUGGUAAUAGACCUAAAGGUAGCAGUUGAGGACAACACAAAACUGAGAGAAAGAAUACCUCGACUCUAGCUGUGGAUCAAUUUCCCUCUUGGGACCUAGGUUGUUCUAAUAUUUGUCUGUGUGUUGACAAAAGAAUCUGUAGAAAUUACUCCAGUGCCAUAUAGACUGCAAGUCCAUCGGGCAGCUUUGGAUGGAAGAGGCCCCUCUAACUCUUUGAGGAAAGAAAAAAAACAGAUGCACUGUCUCCUGGGACAAUACCUACACCCCAGGAAGACCCACUGCUGCAUGAGGUGUCAUGCAGGUACCUACAAGGCAAAAGACUGUGAUGGGCCUGACCAGGCAACUGUCUGUCUUCCGUGUGCCAAUGGCACAUUCACAGCUGUUGAUAACACCAUGUCCAAGUGCUUCCGGUGCACACGCUGCCGUACAGAACUCCAGCAGAUAGUAGAGACCCCCUGCACCCCACAGCAAGAUACUGUAUGUGGCUGUCAGAAGAAUCAGUAUCAGAUUUAUUCUGAGUCUGAAUUCUUCCAGUGUAGGAACUGCAGCUCAUGUGACAAUGGGAUUAUUGCCAGCUGUUCAAAGAACAAAGAUACAAUUUGCAGGUGUAAGCCUCAAUUCUUCCUGUCACGUAGUAACAUUUGCAAGCCCUGCAACAGCUGCACUGGAGAGGACUGCUUGUGGUGUCCUAGCCCAGUUGUUACCUCACCGACUUCAUCUGGGCUGAAUGGAAACGUUGUACUUGGCACCCUUGUUGCAAUAUUUGGAGUUAUCUCCAUCCUCUUCAUUGCAUAUAAAGUAGGGAAGCUGGUCCAGAAGAAUAGGAUAGAGUCAUGUUUCUACUCCUGUGUUUCUUUGCCACAGACAACCGAGGAGCCUGUAUCAGAGGUUGAGGAAAAAAGAAAUGAAAUUUUCACCCUUCUUCCUGAGUCCAAGAAGGAAACAGAAUUGCCGGUAAACACAACCCCACCAUCUGCACCUCUGCCACAGAGUUCACAUGAGUUACCAGACUGUGUCAGAGCUGCCAGGAAGACGCAGGUUCCAGACGACCCUGCUAUUCUGUACACUGUGGUGGAUCACGUGCCGCCGUCUCGCUGGAAAGAGUUUGUGCGACGCCUGGGCCUGAGUGACUGGGACCUGGAGCGGAUUGAGCUGGAGCACCGGCGCUUGCGAGACGCCCAAUAUGAAAUGCUCAGACUCUGGAAACUGCAGAUGGGCCGUGCUGCCACUGUGGAGCACAUCACCUGUGUCCUCAACCAGAUGGAGCUCAGUGGCUGCAGUGAGGCUGUUCAAGAAGCUUUGCUAAGCCAGAACUCUCCUCAGUCUUGCAGCCUCCACAACCAUCUUUAAUCUAUUUCUGCUUUAGCUGCCUUUGACUAUUAAGAGGGGAUCGUAGCUCUCUUUCUUUCCCUGUAUCUCCCCAUCUUUGUAACACUUGUCAGCUGGUUUUGGUGGAGACAGCAGCAGAUUAUGCUGGAGGAAGGCUGAGGUUUGCUUCUUAACCACCACGUAGUUCAACACCUUUAAGCCAUGGCAGACCUCUGCAACACCUCCUUUCCCAAGGAAGGAAAGCACCUCAUAAAGGAAGUGGUGUGUGAACUCAGACCAAGAUGCAAAUAGGAGCUCUGAGUGACUUGAUCAUAGAUCAGCUUCUAUGGACAAGUUGUUGCUGAACAGGUGCUCCACACAUCAUGUGGUGGGUAAAUUUAUAGGGUGCUUUGAUUAAGCUGAUUGCUCAAAUGUUAAAGUACUCACUUCUUGCAGAUCUAUUUUUCUGCGAGAUCAACCAGUUGAAGUGGCUCAUAUUGCAGCCUUUUGAUAGCUAAAUCUGACUCAGGAAGUGGUGGGAGGAUGUGCCUAUUUCUGGGAGCAGGAGAGGAUUGCCCUCUCUCGGUGUCAACCAGUACCAGCUAGUAGGUAUCUCCAUAGCAAGACUCCUGGAGAUUCAAAACUGGUUCUCUCUCUCCAAGAAACAGGAUGUUAUCCUUUCCACACCUUGUCCCUCAGUUCCCACAGGAGUGAGGAUUCCAAGCCAGUGAGUCAGAUGAGAGGAUUGGUGCUUUUUUUCUCAAGUUGUUUUUUCUUCCUGUAUCUAGAAACCAUGUAAGUUAGCAUUAACAAAACACCUGCCUGUGUGUUUGUCCAAGUGCUGCAGGGUGGCAAGGAGUGUGUGCAUCUGCCUGAGUGAGGUGGUACCUGUGCAUGAGCAUGUCCUCUGCAAAUCUGUGUUUGCACACAGGUUGGUAGGCUUGUGUCUACCUGCUUAUCUACAUAUGGAUGAUCUGAUGAAUCUAACUGCAGAUGGGACUGUGUAUGUGUCUCUGUAGAUAUUUUAGCAGCUGUUGAAUAACUUUACACUACUUCCUGGACUGUGUUCUGUGAUUGCUGCUUGCCUGUGGGAGCCAUUGGGUACCAUCUCCAGGCUCUCCCCAUCACUUUCUCACUGGAUUUACCCUGGGUGGGCCAGACCUAGCAAAAAUCAAUUAGCCUGCACCAGGUGCAGGCUGUCCACAUGUUUGUAACAUGGAUUUUUUCACUCUCUAAUCCCUCGACCAGACAGAAAGUUUCUAUUGUAAAUACACUAAAUGUUCUGAAUUAAAGUGGAUAUUUUUACCUCUGU